AAGAGAAGCGACGCGACCUAGCGAGCACGUGUCCUCCCCGCGACUCCUCGGGACAGGGGCGUCCCAGCCGUCGACCUCGCAGUCGAGGCAUCGCGAGAAAACGCGAGAACACGGCAACAAGACAACAAAAAUAAAUUUCGGACAACAGUCCUCGGUACAUGAUGGCGGCGUCGCUGCUGCGCCGGGACAAGAGAGCUACAGCCGCCCAGCUGAAGGCCGACCUCAGCCGGACUGACAACAGCUCGGGCGUGCGUCAGCUUCAGGAGCUGCUGGAUGGCGUUCUGGAUCCGGAGAGACCAGCGGGGGACGCCGAGGCCCUGGACUGGUGCAGAUGCCUGGUGGCCGGAGGGGACGGCUUCGAGGAGUUCUGCAGAACCGUGCGCUCCUACGAUAACGCCACCCUGUGCGGGCUCGUGUGGACCGCCAACUUCGUGGCGUACCGCUGUCGCACCUGCGGCAUUUCGCCGUGCAUGUCGCUGUGCGCCGAGUGCUUCAACAGCGGAGACCACACGGGCCACGACUUCAACAUGUUCCGGAGCCAGGCCGGCGGGGCCUGCGACUGCGGGGACGGUAAUGUGAUGCGGGAAAGCGGGUUUUGCAGACGGCAUCGAUUAAAAACAGGAGAAAAUAUUCCCUCGGUCCCCAGAGACUUGCUGCUGAUGUCAGAAGUGGUUCUUCCACGUUUCAUUAUUAAUAUCGUUCAGUACUUAAGAGAUGGCUACACUGAACCAGACACAGCAACAGAGAGAGACCUCCAGAAGGUUCUGCAGCAGCUCGAGCCUCAGAUCUCCUUUCUGGAAGACCUAACUAAGAUGGGCGGGGCUAUGAGAAAUGUCCUGACGAAGAUCUUAACAAAUCCACAGACAUUCAAAGAGCUGAGCAUGGGCCAAGAGGAGAAUCUUUAUGCAAAGAAGAACUACGAGAAGUAUCUGGCAGCACUGAAGAGCUCUGGGCUGGUUUCCAUGGAAGAGAAACUCAGACAUGGACCAGGAGCUGUGGAGCCUGUUCCUGGAGCAGGGGUGGGGGCCUUUGGACUGCAGGGAGCAACUGCUGCAGUUAGCUCAGAGUCUGCUAAAGAGGAGGAUCAGGAUGGAGGCCAAAAUGUUGGGCAGAGAAAGAGAGUGAAGCUAAGUAGCAGUACCAAAGACCCAUCCAUAAUGGAUACUCUGAAACAUAAGUGUUUUUUAGAAGAGUUGCUCUUUUGGACAGUAAAGUAUGAGUUCCCGCAGAAGAUGGUGACAUUUUUACUGAACAUGUUGCCAGAUCAAGACUAUAAGAUCGCCUUCACUAAAACAUUUGUUCAACAUUAUGCAUUUAUCAUGAAGACACUGAUGAAAAGCCAUGAGUCGGACACCAUGUCCAACCGUAUUGUGCAUAUCAGCGUCCAGCUGUUCAGCAACGAGGAGCUGGCGCGUCACAUGACCGAGGAGUGCCAGCUUCUGGACAUCAUGGUCACUGUCCUUCUAUACAUGAUGGAAAGUUGCCUUAUCAAAUGUGAACUCCAAGAUGAGGAGAACAGUCGCCAUGUAGUGGUGAACUGUGGGGAAGCUCUACUGAAGAACAACACCUACUGGCCUUUAGUUAGCGAUUUUAUUAAUAUUCUUUCACACCAAAGUGUAGCAAAAAGGUUCUUGGAAGACCACUCUUUGCUCAUACUGUGGAUGAGCUUUGUGUCCUCCUUUCAAGGUAUGAACUUGAACAAGCGGGAGAUGAACGAACACGUGGAGUUCGAGUCCCAGACUUACUAUGCAGCAUUUGCAGCCGAGCUGGAAGCCUGUGCCCAGCCCAUGUGGGGUCUCUUAACACACUGCAAAGUCAAAGAGACGCAAGAGUACACAAAAACAGUGGUGAGAUACUGCUUAGAGGCCUUGGAGGUCUGGUUUGACGCAAUUGGCUUUGUGGAUGAGCCCACUCCCAAUCAGCUGACAUUUCACCUUCCCCUUCACCGCUACUAUGCCAUGUUCCUGAGUAAGGCAGUGAAGUGUCAGGGCCUGGAGUUGGACAGUCUGCUUCCAGAUCAGGAGAUGCUCAUGAAGAUCAUGGUCCAUCCUCUACAGAUCCAGGCAUGCUUGUCGGAAAUCCACAGUAACAUGUGGGUGAGGAAUGGGCUGCAGAUCAAAGGACAGGCCAUGACCUACGUGCAGUCCCACUUUUGCAACUCCAUGAUCGACCCAGACAUCUACCUGCUCCAGGUUUGUGCAUCGCGGCUAGACCCCGACUACUUCAUCUCAUCAGUCUUCGAAAGGUUCAAAGUUGUGGACUUGUUGACCAUGGCAUCCCAGCACCAGAACGCAGUGCUGGAGCCUGAGCAGGAGAGGCCAAUGCUGGAGGGAGCCUUAACCUUCCUCGUCAUACUGCUGAGCCUGCGCAUACACCUGGGCAUGGCGGAUGAUGAGAUCCUCCGAGCAGAGAUGGUCGCCCAGCUGUGUAUGAAUGAUCGCACCCACAGCACCCUGCUGGACCUCAUCCCAGAGAACCCAAAUCCCAAGAGUGGCAUCGUGCCCGGAAGUUGCAGCUUUGAGGCCAUGCUAUCAGCCGUGGCAGACUUCAAAGCGCCUGUGUUCGAGCCUGGAGGUUCCAUGCAGCAGGGCAUGUACACCCCCAAAGCCGAAGUGUGGGAGAAAGAGUUUGACCCCAUCAUGGUCGUCCUGCGGACCGUUUAUCGACGGGAUGUACAGUCUGCGAUGGACCGAUAUUCAGCAUUUUUGAAGCAGUCUGGAAUUCAUUCUGGAAAUCCAUGGCCCCCCUACAAAGAAAGGACUCCUCUGCACCCAUGUUACAAAGGCCUUGUCAGACUUCUGCACUGCAAAACGUUGCACAUUGUGAUUUUCACACUCCUCUACAAGAUCUCCAUGGACCACCAGAACAUGUCAGAGCAUGUGUUGUGCAUGGUGCUGUACCUCAUCGAGCUCGGCUUGGACAACCUGGUGCAGGAGGACCAGGAGCAGGAGGAGCCCUCAACGGAAGAGCACUGCCACGACAGCUGGUUCCCCAGCACCAGCCUGCUUUCCAACCUGCACCACGUCAUCAACUUUGUGCGGGUGAGAGUCCCGGAGAGCGCUCCCGAGGUGAAGAAGGAGCCCCCGCCCAGCACCAGUGCCGAGGCCCCCGCUUUGGGACAGGGCUCCAGACUCACUGGAAACUGGCGAGAGAACCUGCGGGAGGCACAGGUGUUCAGCCUGGUGGCAGAGCGCAGGAGGAGGUUCCAGGAAAUCAUCAAUCGCAGCAGCAGGGAGGCUGACCAGGCGGCACGGCCCAAAUCGUCAAGCCGCUGGGCUCCACCCGGCACACCCCCACCACUUGUCACAGAGAUCCUGGAGGUGCGGGAGAGCAUGCUGUCCCUGCUCCUCAAGCUGCACCGCAAGCUAUCGGGGCACCAAGGAUCCUUCAAUCCUGAACAGCUGGACGAGCCACCCACAGGCAUCCAUGGAGAUGGUGUUACAGCUAUUGAGCGCAUUCUCACUAAGGCAGCUGCCCGCAGUCACCAGAACCACCGCUGCAUCUUGGAACUGUGUGCCCGGAGUGCCCCACCCGCACCCCCUAAGAGGAGUAGCUCAGCUGACAAGAAGAUCAUGGACAAGGAAGAGAGGCGCCAGCGAGCCAGAGAGCGGCAACAGAAGUUAUUGGCAGAGUUUGCAUCCCGACAGAAGAGCUUCAUGGAAACUGCCAUGGAUGUGGAGUCCCCUGAAGCAGACACGGCCAUGGACCUGGACGCCUCUGAGCAGCAGGAGGCGGAGGCGCUUUAUGACUGUGUCAUCUGCGGCCAGAGUGGACCCUCCACCGAUGAGCGACCUGCUGGCCUUGUCGUCCUGCUGCAGGCCACCUCAGUGCUGGGCCACCGGAGUCGGAGUGCAGAGCCCAAGAAACUGCCUACCAGCGAUGAGGAGCACAUUUACCCUGCCGACACGUGCGGGGCCACCCACGAUGUCCGGCUUGCACUCUUGCAGCGCUUCUUCAAGGAUAGCUCCUGCCUCCAGUCUGUCUCUAUUGGCUGGGAUGGAGGUGUGUAUGUGCAGACCUGUGGCCACACCCUGCACAUAGACUGCCACAAGUCCUACAUGGAGUCUUUGCGGAAUGACCAGGUUCUUCAGGGCUUCUCUGUGGACAAGGGCGAGUUCACGUGUCCCCUCUGCAGGCAGUUUGCCAACAGUGUACUGCCUUGUCGUCCAGGCCAGGGCACGGAGAUAAGUGCAUGGCAUGGGCACAGCGGAAAGAGCUUGUCGGUGCUCAUCAAAGAGGUGGAGGACCUCCAGGAUCAGCUGGGGGCCUUCCCAGUAAGCAUCAGUACCGAAUCCAAUCUGACGAAGGAGAUGGAAUCGGUCAUAAAGGACAUCAAGAACACGACCCAGAAGAAGUACAUGGACUAUGGCAAGAAUCCGGGCUCUCCUGACAACGAUUUCCUCUUUAUGUAUUCUGUGGCUAGGACGAACCUGGAGUUGGAACUGGUGCACCGUGGGGGGGACCUGUGCUUCGGGGGAGCCAGCGCUGCCGUUAAGCGCUCCUGCCUCAAUCAGCUCUUCCACGUGCUGGCCAUGCACAUGCGUCUAUAUAGCAUAGAUUCGGCCUACAACCCCUGGACUAGGCUGACACGGAGUGCUCCGAACAGACCGCCCAACAGCCUCUGCGAUGAUGAUGCUCCCGAGGUGCCUAUGUUGUUCAGAGACGUGCCCUCACUGCUGAUCAUCUUUGUACUGACCAUGCCACAGCCUCUGCGCAAAGAACACUUCACUUGUGUGGCGAAGGUGCUUUACACCCUGCAGUUCACCCAGGCCAUCGCUGCACUGUCAGCCAAGCUCAGUCCAGAGGAGAGGCUUGCCUGGAGCACAUCUGGAGCUCUGAAGAAGAAUGAAAGCAAUGCCCAGAGAUGCUGGGAAGCCCUGCUGAGCCAUGUCAUUGGUGAGCUGUCCAAGGGCAAGAGUGUGUACGACGUGGACUCGGAAGAAAUGCCUAUGUUGAGCUCCAGCAUCUGCUCCCCACAGUCCAUAGAGUACAGUCUCCAGCAGUUCUGCCUGCCUUUCCUGCGCCUCUCCUGUCUGCUGCAGCACCACCUCUAUGGGGAUGACCUGCCCGGUUGCUCGAGGGAGGAGGAGUUCUCAGUCCUGGCCCACUGCUUGGGGCUGCUGCCGUCAACUGUAAACCUGUCCAGUCCACUGACCAGUGCCAGCUGUCUGGAGUGGCCAAUCUGUGCCUUUGACCUCAUGUCUCAGUGGUGUGCUGAGGUCACUGGGCUAACAGAAAUGCAGACCGACCAGACCGUUAGUCUUCUCGUUCAGGACCCUCAGUGGGCCGCACCCAGCCUCCUCCAGCUGCCUGAGAACUACAACACCAUCUUCCAGUACUACCACAGAAAGGCAUGCUCUUCCUGCAAGAGGGUGCCCAAGGACCCAGCGCUCUGCUUGGUCUGCGGCACCUUUGUGUGCCUCAAGGGCACGUGCUGCAAACAGCAAAGCUGCUGCGAGUGUGUUCAGCACUCACAGGUUUGUGGCGCAGGAACAGGCAUCUUUCUCCUCAUCAACGCCUCCGUCAUCAUCAUCAUCCGAGGCCACCGAUUUUGUCUGUGGGGUUCUGUGUACCUAGAUGCUCAUGGAGAGGAGGACCGAGACCUCCGCCGUGGCAAACCUCUGUUCCUGUGUGAGGAGAGGUACCGCGUCCUGGAGCAGCAGUGGGUGUCCCACACCUUUGACCACAUCAACAAGCGAUGGGGACCCCACUACAACGGACUGUAGCGCAAAACACCGGCUUCCCUGGGGGAGAUGAUAACACGAUUGUGUCGGCUCCUUUGUUAGGCCUCUGGGAAUCCUUUGGCCAUCUAUCAUGCAAAAUAAACAGCCACGUGCUGGAGGCGCUGUCACCAUAGAGCUGGGGUUGCGUGACGUUUGGUGUACAAUCAUGGCUAAAAGUGUGUUUGUCAUUUAAAUACAGAUUUCAGAGGGGAUAAGAUAAAGUUUGAGAAAUGUGAAAGCACAACUUUACCCACAGGGUAACCUGUUAGAAAAAUUUUUUUUUUGUUUUUUUUUUUCCUUUUUUUGAGAUGAAGCUACAUUCUCAUGCUCAGAAAUGCAUGAAUUGUGGCAAAUCUGAAGCAAACAGAACUUUGCCAGAUGUUCCAGAAAGAAUGUCUACGAGCUGAAAUUACAAGACAGCAUUUUCAAGUGCUUGGGCCAGCCAGUACUAGCUUGACAGCAGUACUGGGCCUAAAAUAAUCGUUGUUAUUAGAAGUAAAAGUAAUAAUGACUCAUCCCACCGACGCGUAUGCUCAAAGCAGUGAUGUGUUGUCACUUUGUGUGAGUCCAUACGCAUACUACCCAUUCAUAGUUUACAAUCCGGUGUCAUCUCCAGCAGCCCUGCCCCAUAGCCCUUACAUGGGUUUCAAGCUCCUGUAGAGAAUAUAGUGCUGUAUCUGUGAAGUGUUUGUUGACAUGUAAUGGUAGAUAAUACAGACCUGCAAGUGAGUCCUCUUCUAUUGUAGUUGCAGUUCAUCCUCAGGAAUUUUAUUUUUUUUUUCUGUAGCUUAAAAUACAAAAUUGUUUAUAUCUGAAGA